UGACGAGUUUUACGUCAUAUCCGUUCAGGAAGUUAAACUGCCAGCGGAGGAGACUCGUGUGUUUGAUUUGGAGCUCCAAGGUGAGCGCGCGCUGUGUUUUUUAGGAACACGCGGAGGAGGUCAACAUGUGGAAGGUGGUCCAGGUGGGGGUCCGCCGGGCGGUCGGUGUUCGAGUCCGUCGUGUCCCCGCUGCGGCUCGUGCGGGGUCAGUGCGGGGCUCAGAGGCCGCGGCAGCCCGGAGUCUGACCCGGCAGCUGUGCAGCAGAGCCGGGAGGAGCUGCACCGUGGACCCGGGUCUGGAGGAACAGUUCGUGUUUGUGGACUGUACAGAUCCAGAGGAGCAGCAGCGUCAGGAGGACACCGUCCAUCAGCUGAGCGUCUCUGCGUCCUCUCCUCCUCUGGCUCCUCCUCCUCAUCUGGCUCCUCCCUCCGGUUCUCCCUCAUCAGGCUCCUCUCCUCCUCCCUCCAGACCUCGGGCUCCCCUCCUCAUCAGGCUCCUCCCUCCUCCCUCAGACCUCACCCUGCCAGUCUUCCUGCUCAGCUGCAGGGUGAGGGCGUGGAACCAGCUCAGCGAGUGUGGCGAGCCGCACUCCCAUCAUGCCCACGACGGGGAAAGGAUCAAAACCCUGCCGUCGGCUGCCACGACACCACUGGGCUGCGGCGCCCUGCUGCACUGCGCGGCCGCCACGGUGCCCGGGUACCUGCCCAGCGAGAAGUUCAAGGCCCUGCGGCAGGAAGGGCGUCUGGGCGGCGCCACGUGCCAGCGCUGCCACCUGCUCACGCACCACCACAAGGCCCUGGGCCUCCAGAUCACUGCCGACCAAUACCGCGCAGUGGUGCAGAGGCUCCGCCCCCUCAAAGCUCUGGUGCUGCUGAUCGUGGACCUGCUGGACCUCCCUGACUCCAUCGUCCCGGGUCUUCCCGACCUGAUCGGCACCAACAAACACGUCGUCGUCCUCGGCAACAAGGUCGACCUCCUGCCGGCCGACGCGCCCAACUACCUGCAGCGAAUCAGGCGCCAGCUGGCCCGGUACUGCCAGGACGCCGGCUUCGGCGGCCAGGUGACAGACGUGCACCUGAUCAGCGCCAAGACGGGCUUCGGCGUGGAGGGCCUGAUCUCCAGCCUGCAGCGGUCCUGGCGUUACCAAGGAGACGUGUACCUGGUGGGCAGCGCCAACGCCGGCAAGUCCACGCUCUUCAACACGCUGCUGGACUCAGACUACUGCAAGUCCAAAGCCUCAGACCUGAUCCACAAGGCCACCAUAUCGCCCUGGCCCGGGACCACUCUGGACCUGCUGAAGUUCCCCAUCAUCAACCCGACUCCGAACAGGAUGUUCAGACGACAGGAGCGCCUCAACGAGGCAGAGAGACAGACAGAGGACGAGAUGUCCCAGGAAGAGCUGCAGAGACUCAGGGUCUUCAGCAGGAAGGGAUACCUCGUGGGUCGAGUGGGCAGAACCUUCCGGUCUGAGGUCCGGUCCAGACCUGACGAGAUUGAGUUUGAUUUCGACAGUUUGGCUUUUGGAGAAAACGAAGACGAAGAGACGACGAAGACGACAGCAGCUCCCAGCCGGUCAGCUGAUGAGUUCACCUUCAACGAGCUGAAAGACGCCCACUGGCUGUACGACACGCCAGGAAUCAUCAAGGAGCACGAUAUCCUGGCUCUGUUGACUGAACAGGAAGUGAUGUCAGUGGUCCCGUCCCAGGCGCUGGUCCCCAGGACCUUUGUGUUGAAGCCGGGGAUGAGCCUGUUCCUGGGAGCGCUCGCCAGGAUCGACUUCCUGCAGAGACACAGGACCUGCUGGUCCAGGUUAUAUACUGUCUCUGGGUCAGUUAGGGUUUGAAUGGAUCAUGUUGGGUCUGUCUGGGAGAAAGCUGACGGAGUUUAUGAGAAGCACGCAGGACACACACUGCUGGGGGUACCUCUGGGGGGCUCUGAGAGGAUGAAGGAGUUUCCAGCGUUGGUUCCUCAGGAGUUCAGACUGGAGGGGGGGGGCUACCUGCAGGCUGCUGCCGACAUCAAGCUGUCCUCUGCAGGCUGGGUGGCAGUAACAGCAGCAGAGGGGGACGAGGUCUUGUUGAGGGUCUAUGGUCCUGUGGGGGCGUCCUACAGCCUGAGGACCCCCCCCCUCCUCCCCCACAUCGUGUCUCUGAAGGGAGAACGCAUCAGGAGGUCUCCGGCCUACCGCACGCUGGGACCGGGGGGGCCGCAGGGCGGGGGGGCACCCACGCUGCAGGGGAAGAAGAAGAAGAAGAAGACCUGAGCUAACACCUGCAGACAGACAGACAGGAAGGAAGACAGACAGACAGACAGACAGAGAUGCCAGCUUCCUGUCUGACAGCGAGGACCUCGACCCCAACCAAUGACAUCUUUGACCUGUAACCAGGGUUACCAGGGUAACCGGGGUUACCAGGGUUGGGUACCGAGCACUGGCUCCUAAUGUAUAUGGUAUCUCCAGGAACGCAAUGACUGAUCUGAUCGUGUGUGUGUGUGUGUGUGUGUGUGUGUGUGUGUGUGUGUGUGUGUGUGUGUGUGUGUGUGUGUGUGUGUGUGUGUGUGUGUGUGUGUGUGUGUGUGUGUGUGUGUGUGUGUGUGUGUGUGUGUGUCUCUCAAACGUCUCACUGCUCUCUGAUGCUCUGAAACUGACGAGGCGACAGAAGCAACGCUGCACAAGAUGCUAGUUAACACCACCCAUGUACUGUUAGCCUACCGUUAGCACGGCUAGUUGACCCCAAAAGCUGUGACAGCUGAGCGCUAUAACAUGUGGCAGCAGUCUGCAGCUAAAGACACAGAGGAGACACCAUGGACACUGUCUCCCAGCAGUCUGCAGCUAAAGACACAGAGCUGUCUCCCAGCAGUCUGCAGCUAAAGACACAGAGGAGACACCAUGGACACUGUCUCCCAGCAGUCUGCAGCUAAAGACACAGAGCUGUCUCCCAGCAGUCUGCAGCUAAAGACACAGAGCUGUCUCCCAGCAGUCUGCAGCUAAAGACACAGAGGUGUCUCCCAGCAGUCUGCAGCUAAAGACAUAGAGGAGACACCAUGGACACUGUCUCCCAGCAGUCUGCAGCUAAAGACACAGAGCUGUCUCCCAGCAGUCUGCAGCUAAAGACACAGAGGAGACACCAUGGACACUGUCUCCCAGCAGUCUGCAGCUAAAGACACAGAGCUGUCUCCCAGCAGUCUGCAGCUAAAGACACAGAGCUGUCUCCCAGCAGUCUGCAGCUAAAGACACAGAGCUGUCUCCCAGCAGUCUGCAGCUAAAGACACAGAGGAGACACCAUGGACACUGGACACAAAGCUGCGUUCAAUGUUGCUGUAAAGUUCCCUUCUGCCACCUAGUGGUCUAACAGCUGACUGAUGAAAUAAGUUAUUACAGUUUAAAUAAAUCAUUUCUAUUUCACCGAC